ACCAAGCAAAAGAACAGUGCUAAAUGAAAGAGAAUGAGACACAGUCGACAGACGAACAGAAGACGAUGUUGAUUGAGUGCAUUUCGCGCGACAUUCCCUGAGAGUAAAGCCACAAAAUAAGUGCGAGCGAGAGAGCGUGACAACUAGUGAGUGAUAGUAGUGGGCCAGAAGUGCAGCGUUACAGAAAGCUCAGCGUUACAAUACCACACACUACACUACACCCCCACCGAGUGAGCGAAUUAGCAAAUGAACUUCAAUCCGGCCAGCGUUGUAGCCGCAGCAGCAGCAGCCGCCCACAAUACGCACCACACCCACCCCCACCUACUGCAUCAGCAGCACCACCACCCCCACCAUAAUCAGCAGCCCCACAUAAUCCCACUGCCCAGCUACAGCAGCCAGCCAGCGAUAGUGGUGGGUGUGGGCAGCGGGACAGGACUGGGAAUCGGAGGAGGAGGAGGAGGUGGAGGUAGCUCCGCGGGCAAUACAGCUGGCAAUAUAUCGCCCAAAAUCAUGGAAUGGACCAAUGACGAUGCCCUGGAGCUCAUCGAACAGUAUCGCUGUCACACAGAGCUCUGGAAUCGGGCCGAUCCCAAGUACAAGGACAAGUUGUGCCGGUUUCGGGCCUGGUCGGAGAUUGCCGAACGCUUCGGUUGCAGCAAGGCCGAGGUGGAGCGCAAAAUGAAUGUCCUGCUCACCCAGUACCGGCGCGAGAAGCACAAAAUGUUUGUGAAAAUCUAUCAGGGCAUCCAGCCCAAUCCGUCCAAGUGGUAUGCCUUCAAGCGGUUCGAUUUCAUGGAGGCCGGCGGUGGCAGCCUAAGUGGUGGCGUCGGCGGUGGCCCCGGUGCAGGUGUCCUGACCAGCGCUGGCAGCAACAUUGUGGCCAAUCCUGUUGCCACCUCGGCGGCGGCAGCGGCCACCCACAAUGGGCUCAAUGGACUGGCUGCAGCCGCUGCGGCUGCUUACGAGAGCAGCACCAUUGCAGCAGCGGGCAAUGGUGGGGCGCCCGGUAUGGGGGGCGGAAUCGGAGGAACAACACAGCCCGCCAUGCAGCAUAGACGCAUCAAGACCAAAGAGCUGAAAUAUUUCGGAGCGAUGGGCCUCAACAUACCCAUGCUGAUAGCGAGCAGCCAGACGCUGGACAGCUGGAAUACGGCGGGCCAGUACUCGCCCCCGAUAUCCGGGUCUGCAGGAAGCGAUCGCGGUGGCAGUGCCGGCGGCGGAGUGGGAUCAGUAUCCCAGCAACAGCAGCAGCAACAGCAACUGCGAGUGCCCCUACCCAUGGCGUAUGGCAAUGCGGGUACCCCCUAUGCCGGCGGUGGGCCGGGUAGCAGCAGCAGCGAAUUCCAGCCUAGUCCCCACAAAACCAUGGACACCUCGGAUACGGAGGACAACAACAACAAGGAGGAUGCAGCUGCGGCGGCGGCAGCACUGGGACAACUGUCAGCCAAAGUGGAACGACGCUCGCCCCACUCCGCGACAAGUGGGGGACCGGGAGGUGGACCCGGUGGAGGAGGUGGAAGCAGCAGUCGUGAUGCCAACGAUCCUGGCAGCGAUCCCGCAGAGCGAGGCCCCUUGAGUGAAGCGGGAUCCAGUCCUAUACCCAACACCAAUAUGCACGAGGCGCACAAGAAUCAUCUGCUAUCCAGUCCGGCGGCGAUAAGAGCCUCCACGCCCCGCCAGGCGCACGAGCAGCUCCUCCAUCCGCACGUACAUCCGCAUCACCUGCAGCAGCAACAGCAGCAGCAACAACAGCAGCAGCAGCAGGCGCCCCAGCAGUCCCAUCCACACCAUCCGCAUCAUGGCCAUCAUUCGGAUGAGCUGGACAUCAAGCAGGAGCUGGUGGACUACUUUCAUGGCCAGCCCGUGGGUGGCGGCGCCGUGACAGGCGUCGUCGCCCCACCAGCCCUCGAAUCGCAUCGUUCCUAUAGUUCGGCGGGCGAGGAGAGUCGCCUGCCGCUGGACAUGGCCCAGGACCUGAGGGUGGCGGCCCAGGCCAAGGCCAACUUUGGCGCCUUUGUACUGCCGCCACGCAGUGGCACCACCACCACCACCUCCGCCACAGCCAUGCCCCUGAACAUGAGAAAGCUGACGGCUGCCUCCAGUGCCGCCGGCCAUAUGCUGAUGAACUCCCUGCUCAGCUCAAGGGAGAGCAUGUCCGACGGCGAGGAAGUGGACAACGAUGAGGCCACCGAAUCGGCCGCCAGUCCCGGCCACGUGAAGAGCAGCGUUUCGGCCCAGGAUGCCAGCUCAGCGGCAGCGGCAGCGGCGGCAGCCACCGCCUUCUAUGCGGAAAGCCUGAGCCGCGACGACUGCGAUUUCGUGGGCUCCAAUGUGUCGAUGAAGCUGCGAACGAUGGACCGCACCCAGCGGAUCAUUGCCGAGAAGCUGAUCAGCGAGGUGCUCUACUACGGACAGUUCAACGAGCUGGAGCGUACGGCACGGAUUCUGCCCAAGUGACAGUGGCGCCUCAAUAAGUGGACGACGACAAAUACAACAACAACGGGGACUGGAACUGGGACGACGGGGGGUACAACUACGACGAUGGGUCUGGGUCUCGGUCUCGGUCUGGGACUGGGCUACGGCACAGUGGGUGGGCGGCGGGGACGUUUGCGGUCGGAGCAUGGCAAAUAAAUGCAACGAAAUUCCAUUUAUAAAAGAAAAUAGUCAAAGCAAAACCAACAAACAAAAUACAACAAACAAAAAACAGUACAAUUUAUUUUUAGUUUAUUUUUUUGCCAGAAUUCCCCCAUGCAACGAAGGGGGUCACACACAGACACACACACACACCACUUGUACAAAGCAUUAAGAGAUGGAGGGAGGGGGCAGCGUUACUUAGGGAAAAGAUAUAGAAAAGGUUAGAGAAAAGGUACUUAACCUUGGGCAUCCGCAUCCCCGUUUUAAAAAGCGAAAUUAAAACAAUAAGCGAAAUAAAACACACAAACCAAAGUUACUUUCUAUUCGGUUCUGUUCUUGAGGACGGGGGAGGGGGAAGGAAGCUGCAAAAACAAUAGUUGUUUAAUUUGUUUUCAAUAUUACACAAAAUACAUAGAACGUAUAAUAGGGUUAAAGUCGGGUCGGGGAAACAUACCUGAGACAUCUAGCUAACAGAAUCUCAGUAUUAAAUAUAACAAAAAAAAAAUACACUUUUACAUAUACCAUAGGGGAGAAACACAACACAACACACCGCUACAGCUGACGCAUGGAACAGGAUCCUGUAAAGCAUUUUUGCCAUGUUUAUAGUUAGAUUCUUGGGUAUACAGCCUCUCGUCCACUUCUAGGCGCGCACCAAAACAUACACCUCGCUCUAAGAAUCAAAAUCAAAACCUAUUAUGGUAAAGACAAGGAAGGGGAAAUUACUAAAAAUGAAACAACAAAGAAAAACACAAACCAACUAACUCAUGUUCCGAAAGAGCUGAUUGAUGGAUGGCGAAAGGCACUUGUAAAACCUAUACUAUACACCUAUAUAUGUUUACUAUAUAUCUGUCUAUGGAUAUACAUGUAUAUGUAUGUAUGUAUAUGUAAAUGGAAAGUAUAUAAUAUAAUAUAAGUAUAUAUCAUUGUACCUUAUUUUGAAACAGAAAUGUUUUGUUAGUCACAUAUGUCUGGUCGUCGAGAACACAGCAAUCCAAAACCCAACAACCAACAACAACAAAAAACUGAAACCAACCAACAGAAAAAUACAAAUAAGCUAUCACAAAAAAAAAUUAAAUAAAAUAAAAUUAAAGUAGAGUCAAACAAAAAACAAACAAAAAUACACUAUUAUAAAUAUUGUUGUAAGAGGAAAAUGUAUUUUAAUAUAUAUAUAUUUUUUUUCGUUUAUGUUUCAUCUUCUUUUGUGUGCAUAAUUAUUGUACAUUUUUUUUGUAGGUCUUAAUGAUUUUUGCAUAAUAUUUAAGUAGCUAUUUUUUAUUUUUGUAUGCAAAGCAAAGCGAGCAGAAAAAUAAGAAGAGAGAAACGAAACAUUGAAUUAAUUUAUAUAAAAUAAUAUAUAUUACGUACGUUUAUAAAUGUAUACCUAACAAAAUUAUGGGCAAAUUAGUUAGUCACCUAAAUGAGAGAAAGAGAUGUGGACGAUGAUGAUGAUAUGAUUAUGAUGAAAUGCAGCUCCGGCUUUUGCUGUUGCUGCGUUUUUUUAGCCGUAGUUUUUACAUUAGUCUAGUGAAAAAAAAAAAUCAACAACAAAAAGUCC